GGGGCAGGAAGUGGUUGCUGAGAGAGCUAUAGACAUUGCAGCCAAGAAAGGACACUGGGUCGUGUUACAGGUAACUUGAUGAGGUCUUUUGAAAUGGUAGCAUAAACCAGUUUUUAAAACAGAUAUAGAUUUUCUGUAGGGAAUUUACAAUGUACAACAGUUUGAUGAUUAUGUAUUUAGAAGUAUAUCACAUAUGCUUGGUUAUGAUACAAAGAGUUAAGAGAUGACAUUUGAAAUAUUUAUUAUGCAGACCCAAUGCAAACAGCAACCUUUUAACACUACUUUGAGCAUUGUUCAAUCUCACAUUUCUGCACCAGUUCUUUAUCAUUAACCUGCCAUCAGGAGAUGUUAUAACCUGUCUGGGGUCCAGUAUGUUAUCAGAAGUAUGGGAUUGUCUUUAAUGGAAGCUGCUGACAAGGCUACAUCAACCCAAAAUUUGGUUAUUUGUCAUAAAGUGAAACAGCACGUUUUCAAAUUGAAAGCAUAGGAGACAUUUUCCACAGUUUACAACACCACACCCUAAAAAUGUAAAAAAUAUUUUUAUACCGUACUUCUAACAUUCAUUUCCAUUGUACAUUUUAGAAUGUUCAUCUUGUGGCAAGAUGGCUACCCAGUCUUGAGAAAAAAUUAGAGCAAUAUUCGGAGGAAAGCCACUUGAACUAUCGAUUGUUUAUCAGUGCCGAGCCAGCAGCAGCCAGAGAAUAUCACAUUAUGCCACAAGCCAUUCUGGAAUCUUCUGUUAAAAUUACCAAUGAACCUCCAACUGGCAUGUUUGCCAAUUUGCACAAAGCAUUGGAUAACUUCACUCAGGUAAAUGACUAAACCUAAAAAAUAAGAUACAUAAUAUUUAAGAUACACAAUGUCUUAAAUAAAUUGAUGUUCACUUAUAUAUGGUAAUGUGUUUAUUGCAGGACACCCUAGAAAUGUGCUCAAAAGAGAUUGAAUUCAAAUCGGUUUUGUUUGCACUUUGCUACUUUCAUGCUGUAGUAUGUGAGAGGAGGAAGUUUGGUGCCCAGGGUUGGAACAGGGUUUACCCUUUCAAUGUGGGAGAUUUGACCAUCAGUGUCAAUGUACUGUACAACUACCUGGAAGCUAACAACAAGGUGAUGUCUCAUCUCAUUGAAUGUUUGGCUCAGUAAUGUACUGUGUAUUAUAACUGUUAAGCAUUGAGCAGAUUAUAUUUCUUUAACAGUUAGGGUAUUGUGAUGAAGAGUCUCAAAGUGUGACUAGAGCUUCCAUGGUAGGACCCAUUUUAAUGCAUUAACAAUACAGUUAUUAGUUGGUCUAUAUGCUCAAAACAACUUUUAUCUAGAUGCACAUCUUCUAAAAAGAUAAAACAUGUUGAUUCUCAAAAUGACAGGAAGCUUUUAAAAUCUUUCUUUAAUCAUAUUUCACCAUCUCAGGAUUCAAAAUCAACACAUUUCAUUUAGAUAUAAAUUCAUUGAUGAAUUUUGAUGCAAAAUGAGGCAGGCAUAAACAAUUACAUAAUAGGUGGCAACAAUUUUAAAUUUUAAGAAAGCUACUCUAAUAGCACGUGUCAUUUUUGUUUCAUUUGAAAACAUUGUCUUUUCUUAAUAAUUUUAAAUUGCAAGUAACUAAUAACAAGUUCUUUGAAGCAGUGAGAAAAUUAAUUAUAAACUACACUGAUUUCUGAUUUCACUUGGUGUUGAUUAGAAUUUUUAAUGAACAGAAUGACCAACAUGAACAGAGAUCUGCUAAAUAUUGUUAAUGAACAUUUGUGCAAACUCCUUUAGGUGCCAUGGGAGGACCUGCGCUACUUGUUUGGUGAAAUCAUGUACGGCGGUCACAUCACUGAUGAUUGGGAUAGAAAGUUGUGUAGGACUUACCUGGAGGUCUACAUGAAUCAAGACAUGGUGAGUUCAGUGGAAUAGUGAAACUGUUGUUUUAAAUGUUGACACUGUGUCCGUAAAAGAAAUAUUUACAAAAGCCUGUUAAGAAUUUAUUUUACAAGACAUUAUUUCUAUUUUUUACCCUUUAAAAAAAAAUUCAUAUUACAUCUUUGCAUGGAAAAACCUCAGCUCCCUAAAUAUUUUCUAAGUAGAUCUAUUUUAUAAAAUAGUACAGAACCACUUGCUUAGGCAGAAAGUGAGGUAUUUAUUAAUAAUACAUCAGUGACUAGGUGCCUUAAAUUACUUAAAUUAAUCAUUUUCUGAUUUACACAUUCAUGACACAGAUGUUUGAAUCAUGCCAAAACUUUAAUCCACUUGUUUGUAUUGUAUUCUAGAUUGACUCUGAACUGUUCCUGGCACCAGGGUUUGCUGUGCCCCCAAACACCGAUUAUGAAGGCUAUCACCAGUACAUCGAUGAAGAAUUGCCACCAGAGACUCCAUAUUUAUACGGCCUGCACCCCAAUGCUGAGAUCGAGUUCCUCACAAAGACAUCAGAUAAUUUACUGAAAACUGUCUUUGAGAUGCAGCCAAGAGAUGCCUCAGGCGACUCUGGAGAAUCAGUGUCAAAAGAAGAUAAGGUAAUAACAAUCUAUUAAUACCUUUGACAAAGGGCUGUGCUGGAACCGGUUAGUUCAGAUGAACCAGGUGUUAAAUUUUGACUAUUAUAACUGAACCAGUUGUUAAUAAUGUCAAAAUAAUAAAAACAAUACAAGAAAUUCCAAAAUCCAAAGCAAUAGAAAAUUUUAGGGCUUUAUCUUUCAGGAACUAUUCUGACCCCAUUAGGGUGAGUAAACAGUAUACAUAGCAUCUUUUAGCAAAACUUGUUGCUUGAAUGGUAGCACAACUCUGAUUCAGCAUGAGGUCUGUGAGGAUGUUAUGAGUCGCUGACACACACAAGUUAAGUUGAUUAAUUUCAACCUUUAAAAAUAUAUUUAUGUCCUUACUCACCAAUUCUCCUAAAACGGUGAGUUAUUGGGGUGUGGUUGGUACGUAACUGUUGAUUUUUACAGAUGAUAGAAAAUAGGUGUAACUGUUGUCUGCUUUGACUUCCUAUUUUCUGUCUUCAUUUCAAACCAUAAUUAUUGGCUCAAUCAUGAGCACUGAAACUGAAUCUCAUCCCUAAUAAUUUGUAUAGUGCUUAGAACUUAAUUUUCUUUAUUAAAAAUUUGUUUCCUCUUUAUACUUUCUUUAUCAACCAUUCAUAUUUAUGUUUCUAUGAAAAAAAUCUGCCAUGUAGUUACCACAUUAUAUUUAAUGCUAACGUUGAUUAGGUGAAAGAAAUCCUUGAUGAACUAUCAGAGAAACUUCCAGAACCUUUCAACAUUGAGGAGAUCAUGC